GGCACUUGAGCGUUGAGAUGAUGAUUAUCAUAUGACAACUUGGGGCCGGGGACGGUAAAGAAAAAUACAUUUUAAAUACAAGGAGUGCUACAUGGUCACAAUCAGUGCCAAUAUUCUAUUUUGACCGAUUUCGUAUAUCAAAACAGAUUUAGCAGUUCGUAGAUCUCCAUUCCUUUCUUAACUAACCAAAUAUUACGAGCGAUAAUACGAGUUUUUAUGCGGAUUUCAUCCAUGUGGAUUUAUAUUGUCCGUGUUGAUACUUGACUAACAUAUACUUAAACGUUUCAAAAGACAUUUACAAAACGGGUCUCUUCAAAGUAAGGGGCAAACUGCUGAUUCAAUAAAUGCAACGGCCGAAUCGCGAUGUGACUAAGACCAGGGCUGGGGUACCACCAGGUGUUUUGGAAAAGGGUAUAUGAUGCAGCGACGAACAAAGGUAGCCAUAGGUGUCGGAGUCGGUUGUGGACUUACAGCUCUAAUCAUCCUCGCCAUUACCGUACCAGUUUUUCUCCCGCAGCAGGCAGCACCCGACACAGUGACGCCAUCACCCGACACAGUGACGCCAACAGUGACACCAGCACCCGACAGAGUGCCACCUAGCCUCGUGAAAUGUGGGGAUGAUACCUUCGUUUCGAGUACACCUCACCAGCCUGUUUACUGGACGGAACCAACGUUUACAGAUAACGUGAAUAUAACUGGAAAUUCAUCGACUAUUACACAAGGGACACGUCUUCCUUACGGUCGCUAUAACAUCACCGCGAAGGUAUGGGAUGCUGCUGAGAACGAGGCUAACUGCUCAUACAUGUUGUGGGUCUUAGCAUAUAACUGUGACCUUAAAUGGGCAACAUCAACGAUCACCGACCACACCAUAAUGACAUGUUCAAUCAACAACCCGUACUUUACGUGUCAAGUUGAUUGUACGCAACGUUCAGUGUACAGUCUGAAACCAGACAAUGCUGAUAUUUACCAGUGCCAAGAAACCGGCGAAUGGACCCCAUUGGGCAAGUGCGUGCGUACUCAGCCGAAAAAUGGAGACCCUAAAUGCAAUGAAACCUUAAAGGCGGAACAGAAGAAAACAUAUUUAACGUCCAUGAAUUUUUUAGAAAACACCUUAGGGAUACGCACCUGCGUCCCUGGACCUUGUUAUUACAACAGUACGAAUAUGUUUCAGUUGUGCGGUGACACCCCUCCAUGAGGCUACAACGUACAAACAGAGUCGUAAUAAAUUGUUUAUUUGAAAGACUCUGAUAUAAACAAUGAUAAUUUGCAAUGGUGGCUCCCGGCUUUUUCAUAUUGGCCACGUCCUUUUUCAAGCUUAACGGUGAACCAUAGGUACCACCAUUUUGACUAGAACUUGAAAUCCUAUAGCAAUUAGAACGCCUUCAAAAUGAAGUGAAGACCAAUUUCAAAGGUGGGAGUCUGUUCCCUGUCCCAGAUCCCUCGAAAUCGUCAAAGGGCACCAAUCGUUUUUUUGCUAAUAAGAAAUCGGUCCAGUAGGUUUUGCACAGCAGCCCGGCCAAAAAGAAGUGGACAUUUACUCCUGAAAGAGCCCAGUAAGCCUCCUUUUUCGUUAUCUCAGGUUAGAAUUUUAAGUCGUUUACUUUCGGGAGUAUUCUAGAUCUACGACUUAUUUUGCUUCACGCUCAGGGCCCGGUUGUUCAGAACAAGUUUCGUCACCAACGCAGGUGUUAACUUAACUCGGCGUUAAGUCUAAGGGCUGAACUGAAGGAGAUAGACCGCCUAGCUAAGUUAACGCCAGCGUAAGUGACAAAAUCUGUUUUGAACAACCGGGCCCAGGUUCAGGUAAAUACGAGUGAUAUUUUACGACUUAUUUUUCUUCUAGUUCAGGUUCAGGUAAAUACGAGUGAUAUUUGAGUGUGUAAAUAAAGUUAUUUCAUUUAUCA